AAACCAAAAGCCUUCCGCUCUCUCAUCUCUUUCACUCGGUCUCUCUUCCCAAACCAAACCCAAAUCCUUCUCCUAACUCCAGCCGACUAUCCUCCUCAACCAAUUCCACGCUUUUUUUUUUGAAAUUCGAAGGUGUUGUGGAACAUGGGUUGUUCUUGGACAUGGCGACGGCGGUGAUCAUUGCUGGCACGGAUGGAGUGGAUGUGAAGACCAAGUGAUUGGAUUUUUGGAUAUUUCCGGUGGCGGAGCUCUAUGGCUCAGAUGCUGCAGGAAUUUUGCUUUCUGUAUUGAGUCGUUUAUUUACUGUUUAUUUGCAGAUGCAUGGGUUCACAUGUGGUGUUGAUGAUCUUCUGGUGAUGCCCAGCAAAGACACAAAAAUGAAGGAACAACUUGAAAGUUGUGAAGAGAUUGGUGAAAAAGUUUUCCGUGAUUUUAUCGAGGUCGAAGAUGAUAAAAGAAAAGAUCUAGUGGCACUGCAAUUGAACAUUGAAAAAUUUAUACGGAGUAAUGGAGAAUCUGCCUUGGCAGCCUUGGAUAGGAGAAUAAUUAGUCAGCUUAAUAACAAGACCUCCAACUCUGACGUCUUCAAACAAUUAUUGUUGAAAGGGUUAUCAAAACCGUCCGUUAAGAAUUGUAUCUAUCUUAUGACCACAUCUGGGGCUAAAGGUAGUGUGGUCGUUUUUGAAAUGGAGGACAUAUCCCCUGAGGUCAGUGCCUACUUAGAGGAGACCUUAGCAAGCCGGUACAAAGAUUGGAAGAGCGCUCUUCACAAGCAUUUUCAGCUAUGGGAAUCUCCGGAGAUUGCUCGCCUAAGAGGUCAGGUUGCGGCCCAGGGCGACCACAUUAGGGCCCAGGACGAGAUGAUGAAUAUGAUUGUUCAGGCCUUAGCGAUGUCCGGCCUCCAAAUCCCGACGAUGCCAGCACCUAAUGUUGCUCCACCUUCGACUUCCCAGCCAUUUCGCCCAGACGAUACCGAGUAGCAUGAUGUAUUAAACUUAGAAGACUUGUAGUUUUUUAUUUUUUUGUUUGGACAAAUGUACAUUUUCAUAUAUUCUAUAAUUAAUUACUUUUUCUUGGUUUA